GCAUUGGGCGUAGUUGUCAUGGCGGCUUGCUGUUGAGGAAAACGCUUCGUGUUUCGACAGCAGUUGUUUUCAUGAAACCGAACUACUUAAGACGGAGAGCAUAUCAAGAGUCUACAGCAAACUAUGAGCACUCAGUACAGCAUACUGUUCAAGCAGGAGCAUGCUCAUGAUGAUGCCAUAUGGACAGCAGCAUGGGAGAAGAGUGCAAAGGAUGGAUCAGAGACGAUUGUCACAGGUUCUCUGGAUGACACAGUGAAAGUGUGGAAAUGGUCAGAGGAGAAGCUGGAGCUGCAGUGGACUCUGGAGGGGCACCAGCUAGGUGUGGUGUCUGUGGACAUCAGCCACAAUGGUGCAUUCGCUGCCUCCAGCUCCUUGGAUGCUCAUAUCCGGCUCUGGGACCUAGAGUCUGGAAAACAGAUCAAAUCCAUGGACGCAGGGCCAGUUGAUGCCUGGACUGUCGCUUUCUCUCCUGAUUCCAAAUACAUCGCCACAGGCAGCCACCUUGGCAAGGUUAACAUUUUUGGAGUGGAGAGUGGGAAGAAGGAGUACUCCCUGGACACCAGAGGGAAGUUCAUUCUGAGUAUCGCCUAUAGCCCAGAUGGAAAGUACUUAGCCAGCGGUGCCAUCGAUGGAAUCAUAAACAUCUUUGAUAUCGCAACCGGGAAACUGCUGCAUACGCUGGAAGGUCACGCCAUGCCCAUCCGAUCCCUCACGUUCUCCCCUGACUCCCAGCUCCUUGUCACAGCCUCGGAUGAUGGCUACAUCAAGAUUUACGAUGUGCAACAUGCCAACCUGGCAGGAACUCUGAGCGGACAUGCAUCCUGGGUUCUUAAUGUGGCAUUCUCACCUGAUCACACACACUUUGUCUCCAGCUCCUCGGACAAGAGCGUGAAGGUGUGGGAGGCGGGCACCAGGGCCUGCGUGAACACGUUCUUUGACCAUCAGGACCAGGUAUGGAGCGUGAAGUACAGCAGCACUGGCUCGAAGAUUGUUUCGGCUGGGGACGACAGAGCCAUCCACAUAUACGACUGUCCCAUGUGAGGCAGCAAGACCAACUGCAACCUUCGCCUUUCCAACAGUGUCCUUCUACUUGCAGGAUCCAAGUGACUGCUAAUCUAGAAUCAGCUGUCCUGUCCAUAUGUAACUAAAUUUAGGAUAUUAUUUAGGAUAAAGGUAAAACUGGUCCUAAAUCAGCAAUAUUAGACUAAGAAGAAGCAUAUCUACCCAGCUGCCCCUCAAAACUUACAUUUAUGUUCACUUCAGUCCAGAUUCUAGAAUUUUCAGCUAACAGGCAGAAAAUGAGAACUUGAUUGUGUCCAGACCAUGAAAAUAAAUCUGUUCUGUUUCUGUGACUUGUGGUCAGCUGUAGAAUAAAGCCUUAAGCCUGUAAAAUCCCCUGCACAACUCCUCUAACCAUGUGGCUCACACACAUACACACACACGAUCUUGAGUAAUGUGGAAUUUUUUUUAAAUUUUUUAAUUUUUAUUUCAUGGUUUUGUUAUCCACUUCCCACUCAACAGCCAUUAAAACAUUUUCUUAAUACUA